AUGGCUGUUAUCCGGUUCUCUUUGGAGGUAGCUUGAGGAGAAACCCCAACCCAUUUUCAGUACACACAGACUUAAAAGCUUCAUUUACUAACAGGUGAAGGAGACAAGGUCCAACUUCGAUUCAGUGUUGGUGAGAGGCAGCUGGUCUCUUUGACUUGUUCAGCAAGUUUUCAUCACAAAUUUAAAGACUUCAAAGUGCUGACCAUUGCUCAUCGUCUAAACACCAUCAUGAACUAUGACAAGGUGGUGAUUCUUGGACGAUUGGACUGA